AUGCCGGCAGCAGGUGGUGGCUUUGACCGCAAUGCCCUGCACAAUGUCCCCAAGGCUGCCCGUGGGCCUUACAUAUGGCUUGCAGCCAUCUGGGCAUCCUAUUGUGGUGGUCUGCAUGGCUUCAACACUGCCAACAUCUCCGGAGCCAUGAGCCUCGACCCUUUUGUUCGUGACUUUGGCUGGACGCACUUGACAAGCGCCCAGGUCUCGAACAACUCCGGCUGGGCUGUCUCAUCAAUGCUGCUCGGCCAAACCGCCGGCGUCAUCAUAUCCGGCCCCUUGGGCGAACGUCGAGGCCGGAAAUCUGUCAUCCUUCUCAGCGCCAUUCUCUAUACCGUCGGGGCUGUCCUGAUGGCAGGGAAUGUCGGCUCCUUUGCAGAAUUGCUUGUCGGCCGCGUGCUCUCUGGGCUGGGAUCGGGAUGUGGAAUGACUGCAGGCCCGGUGUACAUAUCCGAGGUAGCCCCUAGGGAGCUUCGAGGUAUGAUGACUACUUUCUACAACAUCAAUAUCAUGGGCGGCGUGGCUGGGAGCUACUGGAUCAAUUAUGCCUCGCUUCAAGUGCUUCCCUCUACCUCCAGCUGGCAGUGGCGGACGACCUUAGUGCUGCAGAUGAUUCCCUCGAUCGCUCUUUUCAUUGGAUGGGCUUUUUUUCCGGAAAGUCCGCGCUAUUUGCUGAUGCGCGGUCGAGUCGACGCCGCGCAGAAAAGCCUGUUGAAACUCCGUGGUGGCCUAGAUGAGUCGGAUCCUUACGUGGCGCGAGAGUACGCCGAGCUGCAGAGCAUGGCGGAGGUUGGAUCUGAGAACAAGCGUGGGAUAGAUGCUCUCAAGUCGCUGGCUAAGGAAUGUGUUCAAGACUCUGCCACCCGUCAUCUCCUCUUCUUCGUGGUUUUGAUCCAAACGUUCUUCAUUAUGUCGGGUGGCAACUCCAUCACUUAUUACGCUCCAACCGUCCUCGAGUCGAUCGGCCUUGAUGACACGGAAGUGCUUCUAUUUACCGCCGUGUAUGGAUUGAUCAAGGUCGUGUCAGUCUUCCUGUAUGCAUUUUUCCUGACGGAGCGCUUUGGGCGUCGUCCACUGCUCCUAAUCGGAUCAACUAUCAACGUCCUGUGCCUGCUCUACCUCUCCGUGUUCCUCGGAGUUGCCAACAUCUCCGGCACAGAGUCUCCCUCUCCGGCGGCCUGGGUCGCAAUUGUUGCAAUUUGUAUAUUUGCGAUUGGGUAUGGCUUCGGCUGGGCCCCGGUGUUCUCGCUGACUGCGUCUGAGAUCUGCCCUACCCAUUUGCGCGGCCCGAUCGUCGCCAUCGCCUUCACCUACCAGAACCUGCUGAACUUUGGCAUCUCUCGUGGAUUCCCUAACAUGACCCAAGAUAUGCAUGCGUGGGGGCCGUUUGCCCUUUUCACUGCGUUCACUGCUUGCGGGACGGCCUGGGCGUAUCUAGCUUUCCCAGAGUGUAAGGGCAGGAGUAUGGAGAAUAUCGGGGCCAUUUUCUCGCUGCCCUGGUACCGCACGGGGUUCAGCAAGGUGGAAAACGAGGCAGGAAUGGACGGUGGCGAUGGCGACUUGGAGAAGGACGGGAUUAGCAGCAUGCACCAGGAGAACACCGUCAAGGCUUAG